GUGUGUGUGUGUGUGUGUAUGUGUUUUAGUUGUGGUGGUGGUUUGUCCCGUUUAGAGGAAGGACCCGUCCUUGUGGCCCUGGGUCACUUCUGACGGCCCUUCCCGGGCGGCGCCGCCUCUCCGUGCUGGGUGGCUGCUGUCCCAGGGCGCAGUCGGUACCCGCGAGGGACACUGCCGGCGUCCCGCACCUGUCCCUGUGUGACACUCGAGCACCACGGGCAGUGGCACUCCCAGGGCGGGGAGUUUUGUCCCCUCGGGCCCUGCUCCCGCGCUCCACCGCUGCCUCAGUCCGGGCAAGCGGCCCUGGCGCCCCGCACCGGCCGAACUACGGCUCCCGGCUGUCCCUGCCGCCGCCGGGGCCACGGGCGCUGCCGCUGCCCUUCUCUUUCCGCCUCCUGCCCGGUUCCUGCGGCGCCGCCCCGCCUUUCCGCUUCCUGCCGCGGGCCCAGGCUGUCGCGGCGCUUCCAGCUGGGAGAGGCGGCCGGCGGGAGCGCCAGUUCUCCAGAUGGCUUCUUUUGGGUGGAAGAGAAAGAUUGGUGAGAAGGUCUCAAAAGCUACUUCUCAGCAGUUCGAAGCAGAAGCUGCGGAUGACAAGGAUCUGGGUGACGAUGAUGACGCUAACUGGGUGCUGGCAGCUAAGAGAAGAAAGGAAGUUCUCUUAGAAGAUUGUGUAAGGAAAAGUAAGGAGCUCAAGGAUGAAGGUGCAAAUUUGGCUGAAAAUAGGAGGUACAGAGAGGCUCUUGUCAAAUGGGAUGAAGCACUUCAGUUAACUCCAGAGGAUGCUACACUUUAUGAGAUGAAAUCACAGGUCUUGAUGUCUUUACAUGAAAUGUUCCCAGCAGUGCAUGCAGCAGAAAUGGCUGUCCAGAGAAACCCACGUUCCUGGGAUGCCUGGCAGACCUUGGGACGUGCCCAGCUUGGAUUAGGAGAGAUAGCACUGGCAAUCCGAAGCUUCCAGGUAUCCUUACACAUCUUUCCAAUGAACCCUGAAGUAUGGAAAGAAGACCUUUCCUGGGCAAGAAAACUACAGGUACAACAGAAGGCCACAAAGACUGAGUCAGUGUAUGCACUGGCAAAAGGAGAAGAGCUUGGACAAGAGUCAAUCCCAGACUACGACUUUGAAAGUGAUGAAAUAGUGGCAGUCUGUGCUGCUAUUGCAGAGAAGGAGAAAGCUCUUUCAGCAGCUAAAACGAUGGUGAUUGUGUCUGCCUCGGGCACAGUGGAGACUGUUACUGAGCAGGACAAUUGUCCUGCAACUCCCGAUGAAACCCUUUUCAUCAGGGCGCGGUAGGGCAGCCUCAUGGGUUGAAACACCCAUAGUUUUAAGAACUGCUGUUAUUUAUUGUAUUUUGCUUGCUUUGUGUUUGUUCUUCUUUUAUUAAAUGGUAGGAUGGCAUACAAAAGUUAAAGAAUUGAAGUUAUUUUUCUUUUGUUAAUGAAAAAAGCAAUGACCCGAGCUGUUGUUUAAUCCAUGUUUUUCAAAAAUAAAACCAAGUGUUAAUUCUAAAAAUUCUAAAUUCUUAUGAACAAAUGUAAUGUUGAAAUGCUUAACUGCAUUCUAACAGCUGUUUUCAUCUUCUUGUAUUUCAUAAUUUUACAAGUUAAUGUGUACAUUUCCCCAGUAAUUAGGAAAGUUUUAUUUGAACUGUAAAAGUGCUGUGGUUUAUCCCCAGCUGACAGAUCAGCCCCACACAGCUGACUGAUUCCUGGUGGAAUGGGGGAGCGAAUUGGAAGAGUAAAAGUGAAAGAACCCAUGGGCUGAGAUGGAGACUGUGUAAUGGGAAAAGCAAAAGCUGCAAAUGCAAGCAAAGCAAAACAAGGGAUUCACCUACCACUUAGCUUGGGCAGGCAGGUGUUCAGCCAUCCCCAGAAAAGCUGGGCUACACAUAUGACUUGGGAAUACACUCUGAAUGUCUCGGCUUCCCCUGCCUCCUUCUUUCCCCAGUUCUGUGUGUUGAGCUGUGGGAUGGAGUAUCCCUGUGGUCAGCUGGGGUCAGCUGUUCUGGCUUGUCUCUUCUCAGCUUCUCCACUCCUAAUCUUCUCACUGGUGAGGUGGGAUGAGAAGCAGGAAAAGCUCUCGACCGUGUACAAGCACUGCUCAACAAUAAUAAAAACAACUGUUAUCAACACUUACCAGCACAGAAUCAAAACCUAGCCCCGUACUUGCAAGUCUGAAGAAAAUUAAUGCUAUCCCAGCUGAAACCAGCACAAAAAGGAAAAAGGACAUUUAAAAAUUAUUUCAAUCACUAUUACUUAACAUAAUUAUUCUUCCAGAGAAAAUGUGAACCGUUUUCUGUUAUUGACAGUCUUUGUUUUCAUUAAGGUUAGUUGUUCUGUGAGAAAGUUUCCUAUCAGGGAAUGGAUUAUUAUUUUGUAUGUCUGUGUGUGACAGAUCUGAUCUGUAGGCAAAUCAAGUAGAAACCUUUAUGUUGUUUUUCUCUGUGAGUGGGUUAAACACUUUCUGAUGAGAUGAAAGGAAAUGCUUUGCCAAAGAAGGCCCUGAAUGCUUACUUAUAACUAAAUGUUUCACCAGAAGAAAGUUUGUACUCAAACUGGCCUUUCCUUGUCUUGUGUGCUGCGCUACAGACAUCACCAAAAGUGGAAUGGUGGGAAUAGGAAAUAGAUGUGGCUGAAUUGUAUUGUAUUUGGGGCUUUUCUUUCCUAGUGAGGCUAAUCUGAUGAAGGGAGUCGGUUUGCUUUUCCUAAUUCUUAUGACCUGCCAUUAAAAAUAUGCACUUAGGGAAAAAAGUUUUCCAGGACAGCACUGUUGGAGUCUCCCUUUUUAUCCUUUUUGGAUUUUGGCUGCAGUGGUGGGUAAUGAGGCAUACCCUAGGAAUUUUUUUAAUGUUGGCUUUUUUUCAGGGGAAGGUGUCAAUUGGUUCCUCACACAGGCAGUUCAGAGAAAUUAAAUCGGGCUGUUUCUUUGAUGUGCUCUGUGGAGCACAUCAACUGUUCUUGUUUCAUUGUCUUGGAGACAUGAGAUGAUCAUAUCCCAAUACUGUUGUAUUGGGAAAAAAUAGUCAGCUGAGGAAUUCCUGAAGAAAUCAGUUUGGGAAAAUGUAACUUUUACUUGAUUUUGAGAAAAUUUUGUAUGAUAAUACAUAGUUUUGUAGACAAAUGAAACUUCUGAAAUCAUUCAUCUUUGCACUUUUCAAGUCUGAUUUCUAAUUUCAAAACAACACAUUUUAAAAGAAAAUAAUGUUGCUUGAGAAAUAUAGUGUUUUUGCAGUAGAAAUUGCAUUGCAGAAAAACUAUCUCAAAUCAUAUUUCUGUUUAUCUGAUAUCAGAAUAUCUUAAGAGGAUACACACAGUUUUUAAAGAAGACGUAAUUGCCCUGUUGUUUGUACAACAAAAUUAAGUUUUCAUUAAUUUUUGCAAGGUUCUCCCUGAAUGGUUUUUUUUGUGUGUGAAUUUUUAGAUCUGUGCUUGCAUGAGUACACAUUCACACAAAAUCAUACCUUUUACUAUCUUCUGAGUUCAAAAUAAGUAGUACUACAGUGGCCUAAAUAUAUUAAUAAAUGUAAAACAUCAUCUUGCUACAUUUUUAUUUCUUCAUUAAGUUCAGAAAGGUUUUAAAUUCUUACUGGAUAGGCACUUGAUUGAGAUAUGGUUUGAUAGCUUAAGUUAGUAGAGUUGAAGGAGUUCUUAAUCUUUCUCCUACCAUCUUAAUACAAUCUAGUCAGCCGUAGGAAGAGUUAGCAUGAGAAUGGUUUGGACAGAUUUCUGCAGAGAUCUUCUUUGGCUGGAGAAGGAGAUGUGUGAGAUGCUCUAGGGUAUGUUUUUGUUUUGAAGGAGCUUGGCUGUAUCCACCUCAUCUUUUCUUUGCGCUUUGUACUUGCGUCAGUGUUCUGUCUUUACUCAUACAGGAAGGAUUGCUGCCGUUCUCUCAGAGGCCUGUUAUCACAGAAUCUGUUUCCACUGAAAUGAUUCACAAAGUUCCUAUUGACUUCAGCACUGCAGGGCCAGACUGCUGGAGGGGUGUACGUCUGCACCAUCAGGCUGUGCCGGGAUCCAGGGGCAGUGGUUUCCAUCCCGUGUACUAAAUGUGUUUUCCUUCUGAUUAGAUUACUCUAGGUAUUGUCAGAACCGUAGCAUUUUGUAGAGCAGUUAAGUUCCUGGGACGCUCUUUUAAACUUGGGAGAAGUUCAAAUAUUGAUGAUUUCGACAUUGUCUGUUGUACAGCAUGCCAUGUUUUGCGUGUAUGUAAUUUUCUGGAUCGGUUUGUGGUUUGAAUAAAAUACUGACUUCUGCUUCUUA